ACAACCUCUGCUAGCAGCAGGGCAAAGCCGAUUCCCCUUCCCCACACCCACCCUCUGAGGAGGGGCUUUCAUGAUUUUAAUUCCCUGCUGCGGGGGGGGGGGAAGCAAAUGAAAGAGCUGUAUAAAGGGAGCCCUUCAGCGCUGUUGGGGCCCUUUAAGAUGAAGGCAAGACUGUCAUCUGGAAGCGGAAAAGUUGUGCGCGGCUCGGGCAGAGCGCAGCGGACAAUGCCCAGGUCCAAGGCGGCUGAAUCUCCCCCGGGGCCGGAAGGCUCCGGCUCCGGCUCCGGCUCCGGCUCCAGCCCCCACUGAGGCGCGGGAGGAGGCGGCUUCACCUUCAGCUGGCCCCUAACCCUAGCGCGGGGGGAGCCAGGCGGCUGGGGCUGGGCCAGGGGAGCCGAGCCGCCUGCUUCGGCGGGUGCCGCGGCAGCUCCAGCCGCGCUGCGGGGAAGGAAGGAAGGAAGGAAGGAGGGGAGCGAAGAGCGCGCGGCUGCCCGGGGAGCGCUCGCCGGCGGCGGCGGAGCCGGGCCGCUGUGCCCGGGCGGCGGCAGGCAGAGCCCCGGCGCGGAGCCCUCGGCCGCCGGGCUGCGCGGCGCGGAGCGGAGCGGAGCGGGGCCCCCGAGCGCGGGUGCUGCAGCAGGGACCCCGGGCCGGGCCGGGCCGGGCCGGGCCGGGCGGAGGAUGCUGCCGCCGAGCGCCGGGACAGACGGAGCCUGCGGCUGGAGCGCGGAGCCGGCGGCCGCCCGCGCCCCCUGACACGCGGGGGGAUCCCGCCAGCUACUAAGACAACCUGAGAAGAAGCUCCAUGAAGGUGACCAGCCAUGCAAUGUUCCUGGAAGGCUGUCCUCCUACUAGCUUUGGCAUCCAUUGCUAUCCAGUACACAGCUAUCCGAACUUUCACUGCCAAAUCCUUCCACAGCUGUCCUAUCCCCAACCCAGUGAACUGCAGCCUGAGCCAGGAGACUGAUUCAGCCGACAGGCUAUGUGACGAGAACCCCACCUUCACUUACAACCUCUCCAGGAAGACGCACGUCCUUAUCCUGGCCACCACCAGGAGUGGCUCUUCUUUUGUUGGACAGCUGUUUAACCAGCACUUUGAUGUCUUCUAUUUAUUUGAGCCCCUGUACCAUGUCCAGUACACCCUGAUCCCAAAGCUGACACAGAGCAAGAGCACCACUGACAGGCGGGUCAUGCUGGGUGCCAGCAGAGACCUGCUGAGGAGCCUUUAUGACUGUGACCUCUACUUCCUGGAGAACUACAUCAAACCCCAACCAGUGAACCACACGACAGACCGGCUCUUCCGCAGAGGGGCCAGCAAGGCCCUGUGCUCUCCUCCGGUUUGCGAAUCUCUGGGGCCCAUCGACCUCCACCUGGAGGAAGGGGACUGUGUAAAAAAAUGUGGCACCUUGAACCUGACAUUGGCCACAGAGUCUUGCAAAGAGCACGGGCAUGUGGCCAUCAAAACAGUGCGUGUGCCAGAGGUCAGUGACCUCAGGGCCUUGGUGGAGGACCCUAGACUAAACCUGAAGGUCAUACAGUUGGUGAGAGAUCCCAGGGGUAUCUUGGCUUCCAGGAGUGAGACCUUCCGGGACACCUACAGGCUGUGGAGGAUCUGGGAUGGCACUGGCAGGAAGCCAUACAACCUGGAUGUGACUCAGCUCACCACAGUCUGCGAAGACUUCCUGAACUCUGUUUCCACGGGGCUAAACAGGCCCCCUUGGCUCAAAGGAAAGUACAUGCUAGUGAGAUAUGAAGACCUGGCCCGAAACCCUAUGAAAAAGACUGAGGAGAUUUAUGACUUCCUGGGCAUCCCCAUGGACAGCAACGUUGAGAGAUGGAUACAGAACAACACGCGAGGAGACAAGUCCUCGGCCAAACACAAGUAUGGGACCGUCCGAAAUUCAGCAGCAACAGCGGAGAAAUGGCGGUUCCGCCUCUCCUAUGAGAUUGUGGAGUUUACGCAGAACGCCUGCCAGCAGGUGCUAGCGCAGCUCGGUUACAAAAUGGCGGGGUCUGAGGAAGAGCUGAAAAACCUUUCCAUCAGCCUCGUGGAAGACAGGGACUUCCUGCCCUUCUCGUAACACAGCCAUUGGGGGCUUGUGCUCUAUUUUUAAUAUCUAACUGUUGCCUUAUUUUAUUUUAAUUUGUUCCCCACCCAAACCCCCUUUUUCUCUCCAAAAUUUGCACUAAAUCUUGAAUGGGAAUCUCAAUGGAGUUACAGUGAAGAAGCUGUCACCUCUCACCAAUGUGCUUUGGACGCAAAGGAAUUGGGUCUCAGAGCAAGAGCUAAAACUGUGGAUGGGUAAUAAUGUUUACAAAACACACACACACACACACACACACUGUAUAAAAACAUCCUUCAAGCUUUCCAAACCGAAGGGUACCUGGGGUACUGUACUUUUGCACUGUUUACUUUUACAAUGUAAGAGAUAAAUCUAUAUAUAUAUAUAUAUAUAUAUAUAUAUAUAUAUAUAAUUUAUGAAUGGUGUUGUCACUUCAAGAAUAAUUCCCUUUGCCUCCUGAUUAUAAGCAGGUUAUACUUUUAGCUGAAUGUGGAAUAACCUCGUUUUUGAUCUUGUUUCGAUAUGUCUGUUUGUUUAAGUCAUGUUAUCGGGCUGGGCAGUCAGUCGAUCGUUGAUCCAUGGUUGUUUGGUAACACCUGUGAUAUUUCUUUGAGCCAAAAGAAGUUGAUUGGGCGGUUUGGCAAAAAGAAACAAAAUUAAUGCUUUAUUUCUGUGUUUUCUGUAAAUAAAAGAGUGCAAUAAAACUGA